UUACUAUACAACUCAUUCAUUAUUAUUUUCUUUGUUUCUUUUGCAUAUUCCCCUUCCAUUUCUUGCCAUUCUAUUAAUUUCCCUCCAAGAAACUGCAACUUGAUGACACAAAAAGCUUUCAAAUCUUUGAGUUUUGUCAAUGAUGGGCACAGAAAUGCCGCUUUGUAGUUAGCUAUACAUGAAAAUUAAGAGUGGUAAGAGAUGGUUGGAAGUAUUGAGGCAAUGAAUGUUCAUCAAAAUGGAUGGUCUGCUCAGAAUGGUAAUGGACCUAAUGGUAAUGGUUUGGAAGAUAAGCUCGAUGAACUUCGGCGCCUUCUUGGAAAGGCCGAUGGUGAUCCUUUGAGGAUUGUUGGUGUCGGGGCGGGAGCUUGGGGAAGUGUUUUUGCUGCUUUGCUGCAAGAUAAUUAUGGUCAGUUUCGAGAUAAGGUCCAAAUCAGGAUAUGGAGAAGGCCUGGCAGAGCUGUCGAUAGAGCCACAGCAGAACAUCUAUUUGAAGUGAUCAAUUCGAGGGAGGAUGUAUUGAGGAGGUUGAUCAGGAGAUGUGCUUAUUUGAAAUAUGUCGAGGCAAGACUAGGCGAUAGGACCCUUUUUGCAGAUGAGAUUUUGAAAGACGGAUUUUGCUUGAACAUGAUCGAUACGCCCCUUAGUCCUUUGAAGGUUGUGACUAAUUUGCAAGAGGCUGUUUGGGAUGCAGAUAUUGUGGUAAAUGGCGUUCCUUCGACAGAAACGUACGAGGUGUUCGAAGAGAUUAGGCCUUAUUGGAAGGAGAGAAUAAGUGAACCUAUCAUCAUUUCUUUAGCAAAGGGUAUAGAGGCUGCACUCGAACCUGUUCCCCACAUAAUUACUCCGACGCAGAUGAUUAAUAAAGCAACUGGAGUAAAUAUGGAGAAUAUACUUUAUCUCGGUGGACCAAAUAUAGCUUCGGAAAUAUAUCACAAGGAAUAUGCUAAUGCUCGGAUAUGCGGUGCUGAUAAGUGGAGAAAGCCGCUCGCUAAAUUUCUAAGACAGCCGCAUUUCAUCGUAUGGGACAAUAGUGAUCUUGUCACUCAUGAAGUCAUGGGUGGCCUGAAGAAUGUAUAUGCUAUUGGAGCCGGAAUGGUAGCUGCCCUUACCAAUGAGAGUGCUACCAGCAAGUCUGUAUAUUUUGCACAUUGUACAUCAGAAAUGAUAUUUAUUACUCAUCUAUUGGCGGAAGAACCAGAGAAGCUUGCAGGGCCUUUGCUGGCAGACACAUACGUAACCUUGUUAAAAGGUCGUAAUGCAUGGUACGGACAAAUGUUAGCCAAAGGAGAGUUGAACCGAGACAUGGGUGAUAGCAUCAGCGGGAAAGGAAUGAUUCAGGGAGUUUCUGCGGUUAAAGCUUUCUAUGCACUCCUGAGUCAGCCAAGCUUGAGUGUAUUGCAUCCCAAUGAAAAGAGGCUUGUCGCGCCUGUUGAGCUAUGCCCCAUUUUGAAAACACUCUAUAAAAUACUUAUUUCAAGGGAAGAUUUGACACAAGCUAUCUUACAAGCAUUAAGAGAUGAAACAUUGAAUGAUCCCCGGGAACGCAUUGAGAUUGCACAAAGUCAUGCAUUUUACAGGCCAUCUCUUCUUGGCCAACCUUGACUUCACCGGGUUUACAUUGCUUAUGAGAGUCAUCAUAUAAGAGUUAAUUAAAAUAUAUAUUAUAUAGUAUAUAAUAGCAAUUUUUUAUGAAUAUGAUUGUGAUGAACAAAAACAUAUUGUAUUUAUGAUGAUUAUUUUAUAUAUCUAAUAUCAUUAAUGGGUAUAGUAA